ACUGAGAGCAGCCUAGGUUUUGCAGAUGACCCAUGGCUAUGCAGAGAUAUGACAGGAUAAAAAACAGCUUCCUUUCAUCAUCAGGUUUGCAAAUCGACAACUCGAUAUCCGCUGUAGCCCUCUCCAAGUAGCAUUCUCAGCAGGUAAAAUGGUUCAAGCGAUGGCCGAUGACCUCUUACUUGGGGAAGCAUGUCUAGAAGAACCGGUGUCAAAUGUUGUUGAUUCGAGGUCAGUUUGCCCCGCAAUCCUUUUCUACUGCCUUCUAGUGAUGUGCCGGCUCCGGCUCUGAGCCCUUGGGCCCUAUGAGCCUGGCCGGAUUGAGCCUGGCCGGGCCGGAGCCGUCUCUAGGGCUGUGGAAAGCUGAGGGCCCGGCUCAGAAUUUUCAGAGGCCCCAAGCCGGGUUCUGAGCCGGGGCUGAGUAGCCGAAUUUUGUGCCAAAAUUCCCACCUGGGAAUUGGCAAUGGCUGAUAUGCAUGAAGCUAAAUGCUCAAUAUUUACCUAUAUGGGCAUCACUAGCACCAUUUUUGGCUGCAAGGAUAACUAUUGGUUCAUGCCAUAAUCACCUAAAAUUGUUCAAGCAUUACAAUUCGGAUACUUUUGCCAUUGUAGAUGGGUUGGAGCUUGAAUCAAAUCAUCAUAUUCACAGUGAAUCUCUCUUAAUGAGGACUGGGAAGGUAUCAUGUUGUAGAUUUUACUAUAACAUGGCAGCACCUUCUAAUUUGAAUGUUAGUCUACAAGCCUCAAGGAAGGAACCACUUUGAUCUGAUUUGGAAUUGACAGUAGUUGAAAC